AAUCGGCGGCGGCGACGCAGCCGGGGCUGCCGGCAGCCAAUCGGCGCGUGGCUUAGUGACCGCUGGGGAGGCGAGCGGGCAAGAUGGCGGCGCCGGGCGAGGCGGCGGGAGUGGGGGCUGUGCCGCAGCCCGAGGGGGCCGCGGGCGCUGCCGCCGCCGUGGUGCUGCCCGAGCGGCUGCAGCGGCGGGAAGCCGAGCGGCAGCAGGGCGUGGAGCGGCAGCGGCAGAAGAAGGAGGCGCAGGUGGUGAAGGAAGAGCAGAGCGAGUUCUUUUUGGCCGCGUUCGCCCGGGAGCGCGAGGCCGUGGAGGCGCUGCUGGCGGCGGGGGUGCUGGAAGAGGCGGCCACCCGCCUGCAGGCGCUGCAGAAGCUGCUGACGGGCAGCGUGCGGUUCCUGGCGCCCUACGAGGUGCGGCAGGGGCAGGAGGCCGUGGCGCGGCUGCAGGGGGACUUGGCGGCGCGGCGGCAGCAGCUGCAGCCCAAGAAGAAAUUCGCCUUCCGCGCCCUUAAGAAAGAAGCGGCCCCGGGCAGCGCCCCGCGCCCCGCCGAGCCCGUCCCACCGGCCCCCGCCGCGCCCGGGCCCGGCCUGGCCGAGGGGGAGUCGGGCGGGGAGCCGCUGUGCGGGUUCAGCGGCGCUGAGGACGCAGAGCUGGAGCUCGGCCCCGCGGAGCUGCGGCAGCGGGACGUGCUGCUGUCGGAGCUGCGCGGCUGCCGGGUGCGGCUCCGCGGCAACCCCAACACGCUGCGGGUCCGCGACUGCCGCGGCUGCACCGUGCUCUGCGGGCCCGUGUCCACCUCCGUGAUGGUGGACGGCUGCCGCGACUGCCUGCUGGCGCUGGCCUGCCAGCAGCUCCGCACACACCGCACCCGCGACUGCCGCUUCUACGUGCAGGUGACCAGCCGCGCCGUCAUCGAGGGCUGCUCGGAGGUCUCCUUCGCCCCCUACGACUGGAGCUACCCGGGUAUCGAGGGCGACUUCGAGUCGUCCGGUCUGGACAGAGACAGUAACAACUGGAACCUGGUGGAUGACUUUGACUGGCUGGCGACUGACAAGCCUUCGCCCAACUGGAGCCUGAUCCCCGAGCAGGAAAGAAUCACUUGCUGGGACUGACUGCGGAGGCACCUCUGUGCUGUGCGAGAGAUCCUGGUGUAAACGCAUUGAUUCACAAACCGUGGGACUUAAUCCCCGAUAUGCCAUUAAAUGAUUCCGUUUGGUAUUGAAGUUGUGAAUUACAGUGUAUGACUGGAUUUUUUUUAGUUGAAGAAUACCGGUCAAAGAGAGUUUACUGUUGUUACACAAGCUGCUGCUAUAAUCUAUAUGUAUCAUUGUGGGAUUUGCCAGCUCCUGCAGUACCUCAUUGCUGAGUUUUUCUUAAUUAAGGUGGGGCAAGGGCCGCUGAUACACAAGCAACAGUGAGCCUCUGUUGGAGCUGGAGUGCUGCUUUCAUUCUACCAGGCAGAAUCUGAAUUGGCUGCAAGUAGUGCAAGCUGCCCUGGAAUGGAAAGAUCUAACAACCAGAUUUUUCAUAUUUUUGUUGUUCUCAAGUUACAGACAACUGUACACUAUGGCUUAUGAGGAGUGCAAGGGAAUAAUUCCACGAGGUAAUGGGAACAAAAGGUUAAUUUAAAGGAGGAGUUUGUAACUGCAUAGUGUAGCAGACUGAGAUGAAUCCUAGACUGGCAUAGAACGAUGAGCCAGUUUCUCUUGAUAUGUUUUAAAUCUAAGCUGUCUUCAGGCUUUUAUUUCAAAUGAGAUAACCCAAAAGAAAAAAAAGCAUUCUAAUACACAUGUAAUGCCCUCCUAAUAUAUUAAUGAUUGAUUGAAAUCAGCAAAGCUGUAGAGGCUGUAUAAAUACUAAACCUCCGCAACCUGAAAAUGUUAUGUGAGAGGAUGCUUCCUAUGUAAAAAGCUUGAGAUGGAUAAAAUGAGUGUGUGAGCAUGAUUUCAGGGUCAUUUACAGCAAGUGCAGAUUAACAUCACAGAAUUUAGGUAAACUGUUCCUCUGCAGUCUGAAACUAAAGGGCAGAGAUGUUCAGGUUGUUCCAUCUGUCUACCAGACAAAAGGCUUUGUGUGCUGUGAUCCUAAUUUACAGCACUGCUACUGCCCAAGUGCAGUGGUGACAGGGAAUCACUUAAGUACAGGUGCUAUAUUCCAGUUCCAAAAUUGCAUGUUAUCUUGCACAAAGUGCAUAGUAACUUAAGUCCCAUUUCUUCCCUCCUGCUAAAUAAUAUUUAAAAGGUAGCAGCACUGUGGAAUACAGUGUCUUUACAGUGCCCUGCUAGUGGUGGUGAAGUGGCCACUCUCCAUACAUAAACCGUACAGGUUUCUAAAACCCCUCCUUAACUUGUGACAUUUUGCAAGAGAUAAUGGUUUAUCUUGCCUUAGAAUCUGUAUAAAGCUUUAUCUUAAAACUGCAAAAUAUUUUUGCUGCUCUGCCGUCAUUUACGUGCCUCUAACAGACGGUAAAUGCUAGCUGAACCAUCAAAAACUGCAUUGCUGCUGUGAGAAGUAUCUGAAAGUUCACUUAGGUAAUUGACAGGUUUGAGCAGAAAAACCUUUUAUCUAAGUUGUUUUCAGGAUAUUUAAUUUAAAAGGGGAGGGGGGAAGGGAUUUUUUUUUAUAUUCUUCACAACUUUGUUUUGUUUACUUCUGUUAAUAUAUACUUUUUGACUUGAAUUUUGCAUUUCAAAUAUAUUUGUUUUGAAUUGUUU